GCAACUGGUAUACUUUGCCAUUGUUGUUGAUAAAACGUACAUUAGAGAUAUAAUUUGACUAGACAGAGACAUUCCAGAAUGCUGAAUCAAGAUUUACCAGGGGGUAUCCGUAGACCAAUAAUGAACCCUCAUUGUCGAGGUACAUAUUUCUACCAUCCGUAUCAACGUCCACAAAUUCAAUGUCACAAUUCAACCGCAGGCCAACCGAUAUCUGAUCUUCGACCAUCGUACAGCCCCCCACUACUGACAGAAUCCACAUUCACCAAGAAAUCUUCUUUCACAAUUGAUGCCAUCCUAGGUCUGAAAGAGGAACGGUCGCGAUCAAUUUCACCAGUUUCGCCAAAGAACACUAUCGAAAAUGUUCCGUUUAGCAACGGGUACCAUUUGUGUGAUCCUAGAGUGUCUGCAUCUAUCAGAAUUCCUCAUUAUCCAAUUCUUUCAAGACCACGUGUCAUUUACCAGAAACGGUCGCCUGCAACGUCUCAAAUUGAAAAGGAACACAGCAGAGAUGUAACAUCAAAUGCUCUCGAUAUCUGGAACAUCUGCUCACCGAAAUCAUCACAAUCUGAAAUUUCAAAACGAAUCCUCGAAGAACCCGAUUGGCUGAAAACAAAUGGGUCCCAGAAAUCAAAACGUGUGCGCACGAUAUUUACACAAGAGCAACUGGAUAGCCUCGAACAGGAGUUUGCACGCCAACAGUACAUGGUGGGCUCAGAGCGUUUAUACUUAGCAUCAACAUUAAACCUCACCGAAUCGCAGGUCAAAGUAUGGUUUCAAAACAGGCGAAUCAAAUGGCGGAAACAAAACUUUGAGAAACAGCAAGCAAAACUAGCUAAGAUCAGAGCAUUACAGAAGCUACGAGAGAGUGACGGUGAAACUUCUAUCUGCUCAGAAACAGAGGCAGACGACAGAGAUCAUCAAGAAGAAUAGUAUUAUUGGCGCCAAAUUUUCUAGAAUAUAAUCAAACGAAGUCUUACAAAAACAUAGUACUGUAUAUUGUAAAUUUUAUUAUUCCGCGAAUCAUUGCAUUUUGUCGAUAUUGUUUUCAAAGGAAAUCCAUUCUCAAAAUUUGUCAAAUCGAAAGAAAAUAUUGUAAAUAAUUUAUUGUAAAUAGACAGUGUAGAAUAUUUGGGGAAAUUGUAUGAAAUUUUGGUAAGAAAUAUUUACUUUAUGACUUUAAAGUUGUCUGAUGGUGCUUUGUGAUGUUUCUUGUGUACAAGAAAGUUUAAGAAACUAAAUAUUUUCAUUAAAAAAAAAGAAUAAGAACCACUGCUUGAAAACAAGUGCAAAUCCAAACGGAUUCCAAUAUUUUGGCAAAAGCCGUACAUUGUCCCGGAAUCUAUUUUGGUAAUGUUAUUGGCAGUCUCGCCGUCAACAUUCGUUCCUUCCUUGUCAGGAUCCUUGCAUUAACACGUAUGUAGAUGUAUGAGAUUGUGUAACCACAGACUUCUUACUGUUUUAAAGACAUGCAGCUAUUCUUUAUUCCCAACUUCUUAUUUAAUAUUAUUAUAUAAGAAUAAAACAAUUCACUACUUUAGAAUAUAUUUUAUACUCAUUUUUAUGAGCAUCAUAAGAAUAUCAGUUAUUUGGAUAACGUUUAUGAUGAGUAGCCAAUAAAAGUUGUUAGAAGUUCACUUUCGUAUACAUGUAAUUAAUUUAUCAUAAAUUUGUCUUAAAUAUCAAGACUAUUGAAAGUAAAAUUAAUUAUAUUAUGAUUUAUGAAUUAAUACGGUAUCAAAUGUAUUUUGAUUGAAAAUCUCGAUAUAACCUACAUUCUACAAUUAUACUCGAUUAAUUGUGAAACAUUUGUGUAAAUUCUAUCUAGGAUUUGUAUGGUGUUAAUUCUAUUAUAGAAGCAAUUAUGUAUUUGUUGUUAUAACAUAUCCAAUUGAGGUUGGCAGAUUAUCAGGCUUAUGGGAAAAUCAGCUUUAAAGUAUUCCCAUUAAACGCGUUAUAUCGAUCGAUUCCAAGCUGAUCAAAUACCUGUUGUAUUUAUAUGCUACUUUAUUGAUUAUUGAAUGACUGUAUUCAUUAAAACGUAAUAAUAUUACA